UUCUUUUUAAGUCAAAUAAAUUAUUCAUGGUCAAACGUCUGAUAAUUAAGUUAAUAGUUGAGGUCAGUUCCACUGUAGCGAAGUCAUUUAUGAAGGCCUAUUAAUAGAGUGCAAAAUGUAUGAAGUUAGCAAUUAGAUUAGAAUAAGGAGGAAAGGCAGGAAAUCCAUUUACAGAGUUUCUCAAUCAAACGAUGCAAGCUGCAAAUCUGACUCAUAAACCUAUGACAAGGGAAGAAGCCUUUAAAAUAUUGCAAUUAGUUCCGGAGAAGGCAAGUCCAGAGGAAAUUAUCAGAGUAUAAGGAAGGAUUAUAAUUUAAAGGUUUAUUGGAGAUAGUUCCAUAAGAAUGAUCCAGUGAAGGGAGGGUCAUUUUACCUUCAAUCGAUGCUACACAAUGCAAAAUGCGAGUUGAUGAAGGACUUUGGAGAUGUGAAUGAGAAGGAAAUCUUGGACAAGAUUAAGAAGGAAGGUGAGAGCUAGAAGGGAGAUGAGGAAGGGAAGAAGGACGAAGCAAAGGUGGAGGAGAAGAACGAAGAAAAGAAGGAAAAUUGAAUUCUUAAGUACUUAUUUUGA